ACAGCUGAAGUUGGCUGCCACGUAUUUAACUCUCCUGCCAUGCAUUUAUCUGAAGACCAGUGUUUAUUUUUGUUUUUUUAGAAACGCAGCGAUUCUGCUUUUUUGUUACAUUUACGAGUCAAUAAGCUGAAGUGUAUGAAAAUGAUUCUCCUCUCCAUGCUGUCCACGCUGACCUCACUGUGGGUGGGGGUCUCUGGAGCGAAGCUGCCCGAGCCAGAGGUGAAAACUGAAGUUGUGCACAAACCGUUAAUGUGUUUCCGCAAAACAAAGUAUGGAGACAUGCUCCUGGUUCACUACGAGGGAUUCCUGGAGAGUAACGGCACCAUGUUUCAUUCCAGCUGGAAAGAAGGGGAUAGAAAUCCAGUGUGGUUCACUCUUGGGAUCAAGGAAGUAAUCAAAGGCUGGGAUAAGGGUCUGAAGGACAUGUGCACAGGAGAGCGCAGGAAGCUGACCGUCCCCCCAUCUCUGGCAUAUGGCAAGGAAGGAAAAGGCAAGAUCCCCUCAGGAAGCACUCUAAUUUUUGACAUUGAACUCAUGGAGAUUCGAAAUGGUCCCAGGUCACACGACUCUUUUCGGGAGAUGGAUCUCAACGAUGACUGGAAGCUCUCUAGAAGCGAGGUGAAAGAGUACCUGCAGAAGGAGUUUGAGAAACACGGAUAUUCAGCUAACGACACGAAUCAUGAGGUGAUGGUAGACGACAUCUUCAAAAACGAGGAUGAGGAUAAAGAUGGUUUCAUAUCUUCGAGGGAGUUCACCUACCAACACGACGAGCUCUGAUGUCAUCUUCCUUUUUUACACUAACAGAGUUUUCUUGUUUAUUAAAUUCCUCCUAAAAAAAGUCACAUGAACGGGAGGAUUGUGAAUUUAGUUCAGGGCUGUUGUACGUGAACAUUUUCAAGGCCUUGUGUUUUUACACCUUUGAACAGUA